GUGCCAUCCACCUGCCGGACCUGGAGGCAGAAGAGUGGGCCAUGGAACCAGAGAUGUACGCCUCCGAGACUAUGACAUCACCUGGGAAUGCCGAGCUGAUCACAGCCAUGCAACAGAGGAUGCUCAACAUGGAGAACGCCCUGACCAGAGUGAUCCGUCACUUGGAGAGCACGAGCGGAAUUAAAGACCAUGCCAGAAGCUCUGCCCUCGGACAGUCCAUCGGAGUGAAGGAGGACUGGGAAGACUCCAUAAACACUGUGAUGCAAGAUGAAAUCAUGAGACUGCGUAGGCUCAUCAACCAGUUUGAACAUGAACUGCAUACCGCCUCCAAGAACCAUCGAAUCAUGGGAAAGCCCAUCAGUUUGUUAGAAGUCUUUUGCAGUGCCAAAUCACCACUUACCCAUCAAAUGCAAUGUCUAGGACAUCAAGCCAUGCGGUUUGGAUUCAGUGAGGGAGAUUUGUCCACCGUUUCUGGUCGUGAGAAGCUCUUUGUGGACCCUUCCACACCAAGGGAUGAUUACGCACUGACUGGUCAAAUCCGAGUCAGGAAGACUUCCAAUUUUGCCAGAUCCGAAUUGAUCUCACCAGAAGCCCAAAGGGAGCAUGAGAGCAAACGCCGUAGACUUGCCGGCAAACAAUCCGCAGGUUUGCCUUUGGAAAGCUUCCAACAGGUGAUGUCCGACAUUGCCAAAAUAGUCAAGAUGACAGUUGCGAGUUACCUCAUGAUCUAA